UAUUGCUCUCGGUCAGAAAAUUUUCAAGUACGCCAGUACUUGGAAAUUUAUAAAAAAUUCAUGUGAAUUCUACAUGGCGAUAAAGUAUGAUUAUCAAGAGAAAUCAGUUGUCGAUCGUACUUGGGCUUAAAAACUCCAAUCAAAACGUUGAAACAUUAAUUCUUUGGCAGCGUAACAAUAUAUUCGAACAUUGAUAUCUCAGCAACUAAUUGUCGCAUAAAAGAUUUAAGCAUAGUUUUUCAAAAGCUACAACAAAAAUCUACAAGGACGGGCGAUAUUUAUUUUUUUUCUCUCCUUUACAUUAACGUGGUAAUUUUUUUGCGGAUAUUUUGUGGUGAUAAAAAAUCUUUAAGCAUCAAGAUGAAGUUUUUUAGACACUUCCUUAUACUUUGCCUUUUAUUUAUAAUACCUUGGACGCACAGUGAAUUAUUUAAAUUCAGAAACUUUUCACUAAUUCAUCGAAAAAUGGAAUCAAUAUCAAUGGAAUUGUGCAUUUCUGGAAAAUUGAAUCCAGUUGUCGUAUCAAAUGACAUCAGAAAUGUUAUUGGUGAAUCAUUAUGGACCAAAAAAAUCAUACCUACAAUUUCCGUCGCCGAGAACUUUGGAAUCAAUAAUGAUAGUGUCACUUUUUCACCAAAAUUACUAACAUACAUUCUGUCUACAAACGAACUUCAAACAGUCCUUCAAAAAAUAAAAUCUUUGCCGUGGUGGAAUAUAAAAUCUUAUUUUUUCAUCGUAGAAGUUUCUCAAAUCUGUAAUGAUAAUAAUUCUUGGAAUAUACUUCAAAUAAUGUGGAAGAUGAAUUUUCUGUCAUCCCUAUUUAUUUGUCGUGACAUUGAUAACACAAUUACAUUGUAUACGUACAAUCCUUAUGCUAAUUAUGCACCACACCCAUGGCAACAUGUGAACACUACAUUCAACCAGCAAGGUCAGCAAUGGACACUAUUUAAGAAGUCGGAUUCAUCAGGUAUAUCAGUCAAAAUUUGUUUCAUAGAAAAAUUGAUAAAAUCUCAAAAAUCAACUUGAGAGUUAAUUAAAUUUUUGAUUCUUC